UGUUUUGUCAUCGUAGGUGCAGCAUGUGUCAAAGUGACAUCAUGAGAAAUAGCUUUAAAGACUCCAGAAGCAUCACAUUAUCAAUUCUGAAUCUGUAAUACUGGACUGAUUUAUUAAGAGCAUUCGUGGCAUCUAGUGACAAUGACUUUGACGGUUGGUUUCAGUAAACUGGUGUUAGGGGUCUACGGAUUCACACUGAUCACAGGCCUCCCCGCCAACAUCUUGGCGUUCUACACCUUCUUGCAGAAGUUCCGCACGCGCUCCACCCCAAUGGACGCGCUGUUAUUCAGUUUAACCAUCUCUGAUCUGAUCUUCCUCCUUUUCCUGCCGUUUCGCAUGGUGGAGGUGGCCAACAUGAAAUGGACGCUGCCUUACUUCCUCUGCCCACUGUCAGUAUUCAUCUUCUACUCGGUCAUCGCCAACAGCGCCCUUCACCUGACGGCCAUCAGCGUGGAGCGCUACCUGGGUGUAGCUUUCCCCAUUAAAUACAAGCUGAAACGCAAUCCCAGAAGUGCCAUCAUAGCCUGCGUCAUAUUCUCGAUAGUGUCAAUGGCGCACUGCAGCAUCAUCUACUUCAUGCAGUACCACAACUAUUUCAAUCCCAACACCACAGAUCCAUCCAAACGUAACAGCUGUUAUGAAGAAUUCGCUCCUGAACAGCUCAGGAUCCUCCUGCCGUUUCGCGUGGAGCUUUCGGUUGUCUUCUUCUUCAUCCCUUUCCUCAUCUGCUGCUUCUGCUACAUCCAAUGCAUCCGCAUACUUUCUCGACUAUCCAGCGUCAACGCCAAGAAGCGGUAUAGAGCCAUGGGGAUGGCGUUGGGCACGCUUCUGGUCUUUAUUAUCUGUUUCAUGCCCUUCAACGUCUCACACCUGGAGGGAUACAUAAGCGGCAACAGCUCUGAAUGGAGACAACCCGCUUUACUCACCAGCACGCUGAAUGCAUGUCUCGACCCUUUCAUAUUCUACUUCUCUUCUUCUGCAGUCAGAGAGACUUUCAAGAACGUGUUGCGGGGGCUGGCAGGGCGUUUGCUCCCUCCUUGCUGCCGCUCGGCUCUCUACUGCCCUUUCUUCAACCGUGGGAAACAAGACGAGCGAACACAGAGCACUGAUGACAGCAUCCGCUAACAUUUCAAGCCAGUUUUUGCAUCGCUCUUAAUCUGCCUACGUGUGCAUCAUCAAUACAUAUCGUUCAGUCCGAAGCCAAUUAACGUAAUUCUGAUGCACCACCAUGACCUGAUGCAUUUCCGGUAUAAUAAUCAAACUUGCACAGGCUGAUUGCAUGUCUCUUCAUGCAUUUUCGUUCACAAUGAAAUGAAGAGCUCGAGUGAACAAAUUGCAGUUCAAAAAGCAAUUGCGUCUGAACUGUACAUCUAACAUUUGAACUGAUCUGCAGCAUUUAUUAAUAUAUAUAUAUAUAUAUAUAUAUAUAUAUAAUACAACAACCUUGUAAUACAAACUUUCUUUGCUAUUAAUAUUUUAAUAAAAGAAGCUCAUGUAAAUUAUGCAUCGUUCUUUAUUCCUCCAUCCUGAACUACUCAGCAAUUAUGCACGAAUGCUGUUUAUUUUCUACACAGCUCUCAAUAUGCAUUUCCUGCUUUUAACCUGACACCUUUUUAGACAGAUGUCACUUCCUGUUCUUGGAACAGUGUUUGAAAGCACAGGUUGGAUUCUUAAUCACUUAUCUUAUUCACUUUAUCAGGCUAAUAAUUAAUCUAAUUUAUUUGGUAUCACUGAAGCAGAUUUUGAAGCAAAACUUGGUCAUCAGAAUUUAUUACACUUGAAUGUCACAGUUUCGUUAUUCACCUGAUUAACUGUGUCUGUGCCUACUUUUAGAAGACGCUCAAGCUGCAUGUGGGUGCAUUUACAUCUCAAAUGAUUGACUCAUGCAGGUAUUCUCUUAAUUUUUUUCAUAAGCAAAGACGGCAGAAUGCAGGUUGCUUACUUACAGGGCUGCAUUUGCUAUUUGAGCCAUUGAGAUGAAUGGAAAUGCUAACAAAUAGACGUGCAUUCUUUAAA